AUGGGUAGAGGAAAGAUAGUAAUCAAAAGAAUUGAUAAUGCAACAAACAGACAAAUAACGUUCUCAAAAAGAAGGAGUGGAUUGUUGAAGAAAGCUCGAGAACUUUCUAUACUCUGUGAUGCAGAACUUGGAGUGAUCGUCUUCUCUAGCACCGGAAAACUCUAUGAGUAUUCUAGCACUAAUAUGAGAUCGUUGAUAGAGAGAUACCAUGAUAAUACAUAUGAUUAUUAUCAACCAUCAAAAUCAGCAGAUGAUCUUAAGUUUUGGCAAAGCGAAGCAGCUCGAUUGAGGACCCAAUUGCAGCUUUUAACACAAAGUCAUAGGCAACUGAUGGGUGAAGAACUUUCAAAGUUGAGCAUCAAAGACCUUCAGAAUUUAGAAAACAAUCUGCAAACAAGUUUGAAAGCCAUUCGGAUUCAGAAGGUUCAAGUAUUGGCUGAUGAGAUCAAUGAACUGAAGAGAAGGGAAAGCCUCAUUGACCAACAAAAUGUUUAUCUUCAUAAUAAGCUUAAUCUUGCGCAACAAGGAAAUAUGUAUCUCAGAAAGCAGUUGAAUCAAGCCUAUGAACAACCACUCAAUAUGUCAAGCAGUGUACAAAGAGAAUGCCGUGUAACACCGCUUUAUCUUGAGCUCCAACCACAAUCAACGAAGAAUGAUGCUUCAACAAGAACUAUCAAGCUAGGAGGUACAGGUGUGUUAACGAGUCGAAUUGAGAGUAAGCCUGAUCUCAAUCUUGUUUCGAGCCAAAAAAACGAGUUAAAUUGA